AUGACUUUUAUUAUAAUAUGUGUAGAUUUGGAAAGUGUUCCAUUAAAAGUUGAAGAGUUUUUUUUAGAGUUUUUAAUUGUAGAAGAUACAUCUGGUCUAGGUCUUUUUAAUGUUUUACAAGAUGCCCUAAAAUCUCUUGAUUUGGAUAUUAAUUAUAUUCGUGGUCAAGGGUAUGAUAAUGGGGCAAAUAUGAAAGGAUAUAGGGAAAGUGGGUUUGGCUUUGCUAUUAGUGAAGCAAAAGAAAUAGCAAAUAGUGUUAAAGUUAAACCCGAAUUUCCUCAAAAACACAAUAAAAAAAGAAAACAACAUUUUGAUGAAAUUCCAAAUACCGAAAGAGAACACCAAUCUUCUCAAGAAGCAUUUAAAAGGGAUUAUUUUUUUAUUCUUGUUGAUAUGGCUCUUGUUCAAUUGAAAAAUAGAUUUGAACAAAUGCAAUAUUUUGAAUCGAUAUUUGGUUUUUUGUUUGAUGGUUCCAAAUUAGUUUCUUUAGUUGAUGAUGAAUUAAAGAAAUGUUGUUUAAAUCUUGAGUCCAGUUUGAAAAAUGGUGAAGAUUAUGAUAUUGAUGGAGAUAGUUUAUUCAUUGAGUUAAAACUUUUGCAGAAAAUGUUGCCGGAUGAAGCAUACAAAAGUCGAAGUCCUUGGACAUCUAUUCAAAUAAUGGAUUAUGCAAGAAGAAUGGAUAUGUUCCCUAAUGUGUUGGUUGCAUAUACAAUAUUAUUGACGGUGCCGGUUACGGUUGCUUCCGCGGAAAGAAGUUUUUCAAAAUUGAAGUUUUUGAAAUCGUAUCUCCGAAGUACCAUGACUCAAGAAAGAUUGAAUGUAUUAGCAAUUUUAAGUAUUGAAAGUGAUUUUUAA